CAGACAGAGGAGAUUUUCAGCAAACUGAAGUGAGAGAAAGAAAAGACCCAGAGGAGUGUGUUCAGGAGAAAACUCAGCUGUGUGUUGUGGAGCAGUGGAGGCACAUUAACUCACAAGAGAAAGAAAUCACAAUGACUGGGAGAAUGUGGUUAAUCUGAAGAUUUUUCUUCAAGCUUUGCCAGGAAUACGUUUUGGAAUAUCCUGGAAAUGCAACCUUCUUUGGAAGCUCUGUUUCCUUUUGACCCUGCUUGUUGUCCCUUUUAAAAAGUCUUCUGUCUUCUUAUUUGUUGAAGAGCGCCACAAUGCCAACCGACGAUUACAGCUACCUGCCUGAUGCGCUGCCUCCUCUUCCUGAAGUCCCGGACUCUGGCCCAGCUCUGAGCUCCGUUGACAUCCCAGCUCGCUGCCUUCGCGACCCAGCUUUCCGCCACACCUCUUCGCGCUACUGCUCCGCCAUCAGCAUGGACUCCUCUCCCGACAGCACAGAAAGGCCGAUCAGCUACAGCUCCACCUCUUCCUCGGCCUCUUCCCGGGACAGUCAUUGCUCACUGGGCAGCCGCUCCACUCUUGUCGCCGCUCCUCUCUGUAACCCUGUCACCUUGGACCGUGACUCCGGAGCAAUUCGGUUGGAGCUGGUCCCUGCCAGGCAGCUGGGAUGUGGAGAGGAAAAUGACAGAAAUGAUGGGGAGGGUAGACAGGGCAACAGACAGACUGCGACAGAACAUUCAGAGCCUGAACUGAGCCCAGACGGAGGAGACAGGACGAUCCAGGUGCAGGGACCCAGGACGUACGUGGACAGGGUGGUGCAGGAGAUACUGGACACAGAGAGAACCUACGUGCAGGACCUCCGCAGCAUCGUAGAGGAUUACUUGGACUGUAUCAGCAACCAGUCUCGACUGGCCUUGAGCUCUGAGGAUAAAGGUUCACUUUUUGGCAACAUCCGGGACAUCUACCACUUUAACAGGAAUCUUCUUCAUGAUCUUGAGAAGUGCAACGCUGACCCUGUGGCCAUCGCAGAGUGCUUUGUAUCCAAGAGUGAAGAGUUCCACAUUUAUACCCAGUACUGCACCAACUAUCCACGGUCAGUGGCUGUGCUCACAGAAUGCAUGAGGAACAAGGCGUUGGCCAAGUUUUUCCGCGAGCGCCAAGAAUCUCUCAGGCACUCCUUGCCCCUGGGCUCCUACCUGCUCAAGCCAGUGCAGCGGAUCCUCAAGUACCACCUCUUGUUGCAUGAAAUAGCCAACCACAUGGAGAAGGACACGGAGACUUAUGAGGUUGUACAGGAGGCUAUAGACACCAUGCAGAGAGUGGCCUGGCACAUCAAUGACAUGAAGAGGAAACAUGAGCACGCUGUUAGGCUGCAGGAAAUCCAGAGUCUCCUGACCAACUGGAAAGGCCCUGAUCUGACCGGCUACGGAGAAUUGGUUCUUGAAGGGACUUUUCGUCUGCAGCGAGCCAAAAAUGAAAGGACACUCUUCCUGUUUGACAAGCUGCUCCUGAUUACGAAGAAACGAGAAGAAACAUACACGUACAAGGCUCACAUCCUGUGCUGCAACCUGAUGCUGGUGGAGGUUAUUCCAAAGGAACCUCUGAGUUUUAGUGUUUUUCACUACAAGAAUCCCAAGUUACAGCACACAGUCCAGGCCAAAUCGCAGCAAGACAAGCGAAUGUGGAUCUUACACCUUAAACGACUCAUACUUGAAAAUCAUCCUGCCAAAAUUCCUGCCAAGGCCAAACAAGCCAUUUUGGAGAUGGAUGCAAUACAUCAUCCAGGAUUUCAUUACAGCCCUGAAGGUGACAAGAAGGAUUCCCCUCAAACCAAGGAAGGCCCCACUCCUCGUAGAGGACGCAGAAAAGAGCCGCUCUCCAAGUUACUGAAGAAUGCCAAACAUAAUGCUGCCAAUGCUGAUGGGGAAAAGCGAACAAGUCUAGGGGUCAGCCUGCUCUCUCCGGUGUCCCAGCUGGCUCUGGGCACCAUAGGUCGCAGCCGCAGCCUUAUCAACCAGUCACAGGAGUCCCUGGAUCCCGGAGAUCACUACGACCACAGUGACAGGGAAGAAGGGGAGGAGCCGCAUCAGCAGGAUGCUGAUGAUGAGGAUGAUAGUGGUCCGGGAGGUGGAAAGAGGUUACGAGUCCCUGGCAAAAGCAGCAGAAAGAAGCUGAACCCUCAAGCAUCUGUUGACAGCAUAGAACAGUGGAAAGCUUUCAACAUGAGCGCCUCAGAUCUGAAGAAAGCCAGAGAUUCCCUAGUAAGGGAAGGAAGUCACCACCCGCCACUCCUUAGGACACCUCGUGUGACAGAGGAACCUCCAGACUCCCCCAUCCCCUCUGUAAUCGUCACAGAAAGUGACCAUUCAGUGCGAAACAUUUGGGCUGACCACCGAGCUCGUAGGGCCAUGUUUCCCACCCGUCAGAGGACGAUGCAGCCCGACGACGAGGACGAGGACAUCUACCAAAUGUUUGUUCCCACAGAGCCAAGCGCGCCAGAGCCAGAGACACCAUCAGAGAGGUCAGAGGCUACUUCAUCACCCAGGACAGCUCGUCCCUGCAGCUGGCACGUUGAACAGGUGCCCACGGUGCAGGUUGAGCCUCCACCUGAUGGCAGCAGAGUCCUGCGGAGGGCGAGCAGUGCAGGAGAGAAGGCUACAGAGGGUCGAGGGAGUCCUCAAGAUGACCAGUCCGGCCACGGUAAUUUGGAAGUGAUUCACACUGAAUCAUCAAGCAAUGACAUAUCUGGAUCUUCCUCAGCCGAGCAGCUGACGAUAGACGACAUUGAAAAUGUAUAUGAUAAUAUCAGUUAUGAAGACCUGAGGAGCAUGGGUCUCAUCAGAAGAGACCCUGAUGACAACCAGAAGCGGAAAGAGAUACCUACAAAUGUACAGGGUUUCCAGGGCCAGGCAGCAAGUAUCCAAAGUACUUCAGAGAUCACAGAGUCAUUGAAUGAACCAGACAGUUCAUCAGAGAGCAACCGGUCCUCCACACAGGAGGUGAAGCAGGAUGGGAGCUGUGAGCUGAAAAUAGUGGAGGAGAAUAUCUAUGACACUAUCUGUUUUAGGGAGCCACAAUCGACAGAGUCCAAGGAAAUGAAUGAAGGCAAUAAACUCAGACAAGAGAGGGGCAGUGUGCAAACCUCAGAACAAGACCUGACAGAAAGUCUUACAGGAUUUGUUGCAGAGGACAGCCUCCAUGCCAGACUGGAUGAAGGAUCAGAGGCCUCCCAUCCUGUCCGGAGUUUCUCUGAGCCAGAUUAUUCCUCCUCUUCUGUUUCUAAGAGCUUUUCCCAGCGCUCACAGAAAGGAGACAAGAAAUCUGAGCAGGUCGACGAGAUCUGGAACGACUUGGAAAACUACAUCAAGAACAACGAGAAGAAAGCUGAUCGACUUCCUGCUGCAUUCCCUGUGAGUGCUAGUGAGUCACCCAAGAGGGUCUCAUCUGCCAAAAACAGCCCUACAAAGAGUCAUCCUGUUGGGAAACCUCAAGCAACCAGCCCCCCAGCCAAGAUUCCCCAAGCACAUCAGCCCCCACCCCUCACCUCCACGUCCACAUUCACCAUUCCGGUUAUCAAUCUUCCUGACCUUCAGAGUGAAGCCGCCUCUGAGGAAGAAAACCACAGCCCCACUUCCACGUCACGCCCCCUUCCCGACACCCCAGAACCCCCCCCAGGCACAGUGAAGAACAUCCGCAACAGGCUGGCUCGUCUCAGCAGCGGAAGCUUCCGCUUAGAGGAUGAUGAUCUGGUGGAGCUUCCACAGCGAAACACCUCACCAAAAGACAACACCCUCAAGGACCUCCAUAGUUUCUUUCCAGGGGAGCUGGCAGGCCUGGACUCACCACUGGCAUCCUCCUCGCUGCUGCUGGGUGAGUCUGUGGACUUCCCGCUGGAGUUAAUGGAUAAAACCAAGAGCCGUGUGUUCCUGAUGGCACGGCAGUAUAGCCAGAAGAUUAAGAAAGCCAACCAGCUGCUGCGCAUGAGGAGCAUGGACCCUGGAGACUCCUGUAGUCGGUCCAGAACUGAGAAGAGACAGAAAGACCUAGCUGCCAUCUUAGAGGAGAAGAAACAAGGGGGUGCAGCCAUAGGUGCCAGGAUUGCUGAGUACUCCCAGCUCUACGAUCAGGUGAUGUUUAAGGAUUCUCCUGGUACAGCAGGUCAGACUUCUGUCACGCCGCACCACUCCCAUCCAGGGCUGCCGUCCUCUCCAUCCAUGCCCGAGACCUCAUUAGAGGAGGACUGGCUACACUCCACCUACAGCAACGGGGAGCUGGCGAGCUUUAUGUCCUCUUCCAUCGAGGGGAUAAAUGCUCAAACGUCUUCCAAUCCUCAGCGCAGGCUUACCUCUGCCUGCUCCAUCCCUUCUCUUAAAAACAUCUCUCCUUCUCCACCUGCUCCAACACCACAGAGGUGGAGCUCAUGCAUAUCAGCACCGAGUGAGAAAGAAGAGCAUGUGUACAGCACUAUUAAGAGACAUCCUUCCUUUAAUGCACCCUCUCCCCCCUCCUCAAAGUCUCCCCUGUCUGGUCAGUGUCAGUUAGCUGGCUCUCAGCAAGACAACCGCCACCAGUCUGGGCUUAAAUUUAACGGACCCACUGAGGAUCAAACCACAGAAAAACUUCGUGGCCCCAGUCUGGGCCGUGCUGGUCGGCAGAGCAGCCUCCCAGAGCGAUCUACGCUGGGACACUCAGACCUCACUUUACACGAUGGCCAGCAGGUGGUGGUCCUGAAUCGGGCUUCUGCUCUGAGCAUACUCAGUGCCACACAGAACUACCUGGCCAACUUCAAGGACAAUGGGGAAGAUGACGAUGACUAUGUUGAGAUCCGCUCCGAAGAUGAGAGUGAAGCAGAGCGGGACAGGUUGACGCAGGGAAGCUCCGGCUCUGCUGUCAUUUCCAGUCAGACUCGGGGUCUGGUUCAUUCGCAGAGUCUUCCAUGCACCCCCGUCCACUCCUGUGACCCCUUGAGGUCCCUGGACCGUGAGCAUCUGGAGAAGUACCUGUGGAGCGAGCCGCAGCAGAGCCAACCUAACAUCGUCCAGUCUCUGAGAGAGAAGUUUCAGUGUCUGAGCUCCAGCAGCUUCGCAUGAAGCUGCAAGACAACCAAAUGCCAAAUACACGUCAACAAAGGGGACACUGCUGCUUUACCUUGAAUGUCCUAAAUCUACACUACAACAAAGAAAAUAAAUAUUACACAAAUGUAUCACAUCUAUCUUAACAGUCUUUGAUUGCAGCCAUAUUUGUAGUGAUGCGAUUAAACUUGAUGUUAUAAAGCUUCAGAGGAAACAUUGCUUUUAAUUAUCAAAAUUCCACAUCAAAUCCUGCAUGUGAGCUUCUUUAGUACUUCCAGAGAACUGAAGAGAGUUUGCUAAAUUUUGUUAAAGCAAAGUUGGUAUUCAUUGUGGCUGAAUGGAUUUUUAAAUUCUUAAAUAGCUUAUCUGUGAGCCUUGUAGAAAUAUUUGGAUCCAUAUGACAGAUUCCUGUGUACAGAUCCAGUAGUCCAGGAUAUCGGUCACUGAUUGAAGCGUAAUGUUUUCUUUUGCUCAGACCAACUUACAUCUGAUAGUACAUCUUCAUCAGAUUUGACCCUCUGUCAGUAGUAGCUCUUCAAUCCAAUCAAGAACAUUUUCUUUUAGUUUUAUCCUUUAAGGUUACUCUAAAUCCAUUUUUAUCUCUGAUUAAUCUUAUCCUGGAUAAAGCAGUGAAUCACAGUCGCAGCUUUUAAUUGUGCUUACACUAUUGAACAGUUGUGAACAAGCAGCUUUACAACAUCUGCAAAGUUCAGAUGAGCUGCUCAGGCUAGUUUGUUUGCUUUUUAGGAGCUUUUUAACAAAUAGGGUGCAACUAUACAGAAACUAUUUUGGCUAUUACAAGAUCCAGUAGGUUAAAUAUAACUAGGCAUAGACUUGUAAGUCUAUUUGAAGACGUUGUGUCACUCUUACUGUCACCUUUGAUACCAGUAGGGUGUCAUGCUUUAAAAAAAAUCAAGAAGAUAUUUUAGAGAAUCAAUAAGAAAUAAGAACUCCUGUUAUUUAUUUUGAGUCUGUGAGCAAAUCAGAAAAGUUGUCACAUGCAGUCGUCUGUGGGCAAAAUAUUCAUCUCAACAAGUAGAUGAUGUUUUUUUUUAUCACGCUAAAUUCAACUUUUUUUUUUUCCUUUUUUUAAGAGUGACCACAAAGAAGAGUUAGUUGAAGAACUAUAAGUACUGUACUUGUACUUUUCACAAAUUAUUUCACUUGUUUACAUCAUGGGACGCUGUCGCACUACUGAUAUCACAUCCUCACACAAAUAACACAAAGAAAGUCACGUUAUUAUCGACACUUUAUUAGAUUAUUUUCUUCUCCCUGAAAGCAAACAAGGAUUCAUUACAUACAGAAAGUUAAAUCACUAAGUGUGUGCUAUUUAUUUGAAAGCAUCCCCAUGUUACUGCCUUGUUACUAUUACUGCGAGCCACGGACAGGUUGUAAAAGAAAGUAAAACGUAUAUUUAUUAAUUAAAAUGGCUGUAUCAUAACUUGGGGAAUAAAGCAAAAUUUCAAUCAAAUACUGUGAAUAUUAUAGGAAAACUUGUUUUUCUGCCACGCACUGCUUAAUUCUUACAUAAUGACUCACAUAAGGAGAAAAAGCACAUCAUUGUCGACAUCAGGAGAAUGGCAUCAAACCCAGUAUAUGAAUAUGAAGUAUGUUUUUUUUUUUACAUUUUUGUUUCACUGGUGGGGAUUACUUGUCAGUCUUCAUUGACUCUUUUUGCACUUUUCUUUCAUUUUUGCAUCUUAUUUGUAAACACUUGUAAAGAUGUACAUUUUAGGAGAGUUAUUCUUGUAUACCAUAGAUAUGCUUUAUAAUGCUUUGACGUGUAAGUUAAGUGUACUGUAUUUUUUUAAGUAGCUAGUUGUCAUUGCUCAACAAAAUGAUGUAUUGGAGGUAAUAAAUUCAGAUUCAUCUC